GCUUGUUGCCGGUGCGCUGGUGGGUGGCAGUGUGUCCAUGUCCCCUUGUUUGUGAGAAAGAGAGAUAGAGAGACGGGGAGCAUGAGGAUUGCAGGGUUUUAGGAACAGAGAGGAUUUUGCUUCGAGCGGAAGUCAUAUUCAGUCUGUGACGAUGAUGAUGAUGGUGCGCAGUGGCAUGGGUCUAUGAGCAUUUUCCUGUACGAUAUGGUCGAUUGAUGUCCUUUCAGUUGUGUUUGCGUGUGCGUGGUUGUGUUGCCGGCUCGUCGUCUUCGUCCUCCUCUCCGUGAAUGAAAUCUGCAAGGAUGGAGUCAUGCUACCGGAGAUGCUGAAGUCUGUUGUCAGGACUGUUGUGGUGGUGCAGGUUGGGCUGGCCAGCCAGACCAGUGCACGCACGCUCUCUCGCUUACACGUACGAGCGAGCGAGGUCGCUGCGGAGUUUGAUUCCUGAAUUGGUGUGACUUCUUACGACAAAGGGAGCGACAAGAGUGCUGCGCAUGAUGGCCGUGUUGGUGUCCUUGUCUCCUUCCGGUGCUUCUCUCGGUACUCAUGCCCAUGCUCAAUUAUUCAACUCCAAUGCUACUGCAGCCUGCCAGCCAUCGAAUUCCAGCUCUUCUUCUUUCUCCUCUUCUUGCUCCUCUUCCUCGAGUCCGAUUUUUUCAGUUUCUUCGCGGCAAGGGCCCAGAUUCUACUCGUUCUUGGGAUGCUCGAAUGACAGAGAGGUGCUGGGAGCUUGCAAUUCGGGAUUUAGAGUUAGGGUUAAUCAGAAACGGAGACGAGAGGCGUGCAGUUGGGUGUGUUGUAGUUUGGCAGACGAGAGCGGUAGCGGUAGUGACAAUGGAACUGGGCCAAUUGGCGGGGACGGAGCUUCGUUCAGUUCUGCCAAUAGGAAUAAGCUGACGAGCCGUCGAGACAUGCUGCUGGAGUACGUAAAAAAUGUGCAACCCGAGUUCAUGGAGAAGUUCGUGAAACGAGCUCCCGAGCAGGUGGUGGAUGCAAUGCGACAGACCGUGACCAACAUGCUGGGCACUCUGCCACCACAAUUCUUCGAAAUUUCGGUCUCGACGGUGGCCGAGAAUUUGGCGCAGCUCAUGUACAGCGUGAUGAUGACGGGAUACAUGUUCAGGAAUGCCCAAUUCCGCCUCGAGCUACAGCAGAGCCUGUCGCAGGUCGCGCUUCCCGAACCCAAAGAUAAGGACUCCAUGUACGAGCCCGGAGUCAACAAAUCCAAAGUGGCGGGAGAGGUCAUGAGAUGGCACCGGGAGGACGGGCCCGAGAAAAUGCCGGCCGUGGAGUACAUCAAGAUGCUGGAGUCGGAGAUCCAGGAGCUGCAGCUGCAAUUGGACUCGAGCCGAAGAGCUUCUCGAGGUCGAAACGAGUUGCUGGAGUACCUCAAAUCCCUGCAGCCCCAAAAUCUCCAGGAGCUCACGACUACUGCAGGAGAGGAUGCCCUCGAGGCCAUGAACACUUUCGUCUCGCGUCUGCUGGGAGUGAACGAUCCCGCGCAGCUGAAAAGAGCAGCCACUGAAACCUCUGCGGCCGAGCUCGCCAAGCUUUUGUACUGGUUGAUGGUUGUAGGAUACAGCAUCCGAAAUAUAGAAGUGCGUUACGACAUGGAGCGCGUUUUGGGCAUGCCUGUUCAUUCUCAGAAGCUGGCAGAACUCUCCCCUGGUGACAACAAUCCAUGAGACACUUCACAAUUGGAAUCCUUGUAUGGCAAUAUCUCUGUAAUCACCUCGCGGGAUGCCCAUUUCUGCAUCCUGUUAAACUAGCAAAUUAUUCCUUCCC